GAACGUAUCCAAUCGACAGAAGCAACCAAUACGAACACAAGCAAUUAAUAUUUGAUACAAUACAAAAGAAAUAUUUUAUAGAACAUAGAAUUAUUUUAAAUUGCUUUUUCAUAGCGUACUAUCUUUGUCUAUUAUGUACAUAAAUAAAAUAAUUUUCAAGUCAAAGUUUUACAAGACAGUCGAGAUGCAUCUUAAAAUUAACACACAUUGAUGGUAAAACUUAUUCAACGACGUGAGCAGUGACAUUUACAAACAAACUAUCAUCAUAUUGACCGGUAGUUAAUGUUGUAAUCUUUAAACACAAUUUCAAUUCGCAUUAUGUUGUUUAAAUAAUACGAUCGAAAGGUAUCAAUACAUAUUUAAACGUUUUCAUUGAGCUAGAAUGUUAUUCUAUUCGUUUUUUAAGUCCCUCAUCGGCAAGGAUGUCGUUGUGGAAUUAAAAAAUGAUCUUAGCAUUUGUGGUACUCUACAUUCUGUAGAUCAGUAUCUGAACAUAAAACUAACAGAUAUAAGCGUAACUGAUCCAGAUAAAUAUCCUCACAUGUUGUCUGUAAAGAAUUGUUUCAUACGUGGAUCAGUGGUACGUUAUGUUCAAUUACCAGGAGAUGAAGUGGAUACUCAAUUACUACAAGAUGCUGCCCGUAAGGAAGCAGCAGUUCAAGCAAGAUAGCUCAUGGAAUUCUUAGGUUUAAAGAAGUCAUUGACUUAUUUAUUAUUACAAAAGUUAUUCAAAGGAUACUAAGUAUGUAAAUUGAAUUUAUAUAUUCUACCAAAAUAAAAAAUCUUUUAUUGUGUAAAAGAA